AUGGGGAACUGCUGUUGGGCCCCCGCCAGCCGUUCUGAGGAGGGGGGACCGAAGCAGAAGAAGGAGACGAAGCCCAACCCCUAUGCUCUGGACUAUAACAGGGGCCCUUCCUAUGGCAGCAAGCUCGCCGUGCUGGUGGAGCCCACGGCGAAGGACAUCACCAGCCGUUACGUGCUCGGGGCGGAGCUCGGCCGAGGGGAGUUCGGAAUCACCUACCUUUGCACUGACAAGUCCACCGGGGAGGUCUUCGCCUGCAAGUCGAUCUCGAAGAAGAAGCUUCGGACCGCCGUUGACAUUGAGGAUGUGAGGAGGGAGGUGGAGAUCAUGAGGCAUCUGCCGGGCCACCCCAAUAUAGUGAAGCUCAAGGAUACCUACGAAGAUGAAGGGGACGUCCACCUGGUUAUGGAGCUCUGCGAGGGAGGGGAGCUCUUCGAUCGCAUCGUUGCGAGGGGGCACUACACGGAGAGGGCCGCCGCCGGCAUUACGAAGACCAUCAUUGAGGUUGUGCAGGUAUGUUCCCCUUUUCUCAACCCCCCACAACUUCAUCCUUCCUUUACCCGUUUUACGACCUUCUUUGAGCUUGAGAGUCUGUUCUUUGCAUGUUGGUCAAACUUGGCUAUAAUUUCCUCCUCUCUCCCUCUACAUCGCUCAGUAUCUUUCUCUCUCUCUCUCCCUAUCUCGCUGCUGAUGGGCAGAAAUGGGCUAUCUUUUUUGGAAAUUGGAUUGUUUGUUCAUGUGCAUCUAUUUAUUCUUUUAAUGCCUAUUUGCUCAAUAAGCUCAAAGUCCUCCCACCUUCAUCUAAUUGCAUGCUACUUUUUUGCUUCCAUUUGCAUGAUUUCUAGGGCCAUCUUCUACUAUUGUGCGCUAAUUAUUUUUUAUUGCUAGACUUAUUUUUUGUUUACUUUAUAUUAUAAUUAAGUACAAGGUUCUUGCCUUUAGUUGGUUAAGUCUACAUCCUUUUUGCGCAAAUGUAGAGGCAUUUUAAUGGUCUACUAUCUACCCAUUUUAAUAUUUUUCCUUGAUUCGGAAAUCGUUAUGCUUUGACUGAGAUGCGUGGUGGCAUAUAUCGUCACAAGUUAGAUUCUUUUUUGUCACCAUUUAUGGCAAACCAGAUUUGAUCAAAUGAGGUUGAUGAUGGCGGUGAGUGACCACCCACUUCUUCUACGCUCUUACAGAACUGCCACAAGCAUGGAGUGAUUCAUCGGGACCUCAAGCCAGAAAAUUUUCUGUUUGCAAACAAGAAGGAGAACUCUCCACUCAAAGCCAUAGAUUUUGGGCUGUCUGUCUUCUUCGGACCAGGUUUGAAUCCAGGGACCCCACCCUCCCUCUCCACACCAAUCUAUCGAGUUGUUUUUGCCAUAACUGGUAACCCAGAAGCUGGGUACCAGUUUAUAUUGACCAAUUCCGUGUUCCUGUGAAUGUCCGGUUUUUUUCAUAUUUUAUUUGUUAUAACCUCGUUUUCUGCAACAAACAGGAGAGAGGUUUUCUGAAAUUGUGGGGAGCCCCUACUACAUGGCCCCGGAGGUUCUGAAACGAAACUACGGGCCUGAAGUAGAUGUCUGGAGUGCGGGAGUGAUCCUUUACAUUUUGCUCUGUGGAGUUCCGCCAUUUUGGGCCGGUCAGUUUCUCAAAUUGGAGAUUAUAAAAUGGGGGAUCCUCCCUGGCUAAUAUCCAUUUUCGUUUGACAAAUUUAUUUGCUAAUUGAUAUUUUGAAUUUUUUUACUGCAGAAACGGAGCAAGGUAUCGCCCAAGCAAUCAUCCGCUGUGCUAUAGACUUCAAUAGGGAUCCUUGGCCCCUGGUUUCUGAUAAUGCAAAGGACCUUGUUCGACGGAUGCUUGAACCAGAUCCUACAAAGCGACUGACAGCUCAAGGAGUGCUCGGUGAUGUGCAUUUUUUUCUUGCAUCUUUUUAGAUAUCUAGAGGUUUGACGUAGUGGGUCAACUGGAUGACUUGGAAGAAUGCUCUAAUAAAUAGUCGUUUAAUUUAGCAGUUAAAAGUAGAAGUAAAGGGACAUUUAUGCAUGUGCUUCUUGUCUCUCAUAAACCUGUGGUGGCUCCUUUGGAUCCGACGGGGCGCAGAUUCUUGAGCUUAAUGGUGCUCAAAUCUUGUGAUAUUAAUCUUGUCACUCCAUUCUAUCUGGUUCUAGGCGCAAAAGUCCAGUUCAAAUUCUUAAACGGGAAUUUUGUUCUUUAAACUCCACUCGAUUAGUUUUAUCUGUAGCCUUGUCGGUGUUCUUGAGCUUGAACACAGAACCUCAUUUGUCGGUUGGCCAUUGCUGCGGAAUUUUUGUCUUUUUCCUUUUUUUUUUUUUCUCAUCAGCACGUUGCUCUUUCAGUUUUUCCAUCUGAUUCAUUGUAGAACGUAUCAGUACAAAUUUUGAUUCUCUGCUCAUUCUGUAGACAACAUCUACCAUUUUUCCUUUCUUGACCAAAUCAUAUAAUUCUGAGUCUUAUUCAGGUAUUUAUUGAUUCUGUGAUCGCAGAUCAUACGUGGCUGCAGAAUGCCAAAAAGGCUCCCAAUGUUUCUCUUGGAGAAACUGUUCGCGCAAGGCUAAAACAGUUCUCAGUGAUGAACAAGCUCAAGAAGAAGGCUCUUAGGGUAAGGGUUGGGUUUUUGAGUUAAGAAUAAUCCCUUCUAGGUUACUAUUGAAAUAACUCUGUGACUAUAAAGACGACCAACAUCUAAAGGUGUCAAAACCAAUGGUUGCCAUCGGACAACGUCUUUGGCUGUCCACGUAGAAAAACCCAAAAUUUGGCUUGCUUGUGUGGGGCCAUGUUUAGAACAGUCCUGUACUGGGUAUUAUAGGGAAAUAAGGCUCUCAAGGUAAGGCUUGGGAGUUUGGCGUUGUUGAUUCGCUAUAAAGCCUGCUCUUUUUCAUACUAUUUUUUGUGUUUCCAAGCAUUCUACAGUGCCACAAUAUGUGAUUCGAGUAUUAUUAUUGGCUGUUAUAUUGGGAGCCAAUUGAGAAAAUAACUUACGUUUUGCAGGUAGUUGCUGAACAGCUGUCUGUUGAAGAAGUUGCAGGGAUAAAGGAAAUGUUCCAAAUGAUGGAUGUGAGUAACAAUGGGAAAAUAACAUUGGAGGAAUUGAAGAUAGGCCUCCAUAAGCUCGGGCAGCAUAUUCCUGACCCUGAUGUUCAGAUAUUAAUGGAAGCUGUAAGAACUUUUUUUUUUUUUUUUUCUAGACCAGCCCUUUGCAUGCUCAUUGUGUGCACUGAUAAAAAGCAUUGGAAUCAGUCUAUUUAGUUCUUUUGUUGCUUCAAAAACGGCAAAAGUGUGUUUGAAAUCUGUACUCUCAUUCUCCUGAAACUACAUCCGCUGAUGUCUGUCUAAAACCCUUUUUGCCUGGUACCAUUUCCAUAAGUCAGCACAGCAUGGUUUUGGUGUCCACAGAUGAAAAAAACUCUAAAUUUCUCAUACAUAAAGGAAUUAAGGUGACCCUGAUCGUGCCUUGUUAUUUUUAUUUUCUUAACUACUAGAUUUUGCGUAAUUAUGAGUAGACAGCUGUUAAGCUUUUUCCUGUCAUUACUGUGGGAUCAUACAAUUACAAGCACAGGUUUUGAAAUAUUAUAAAUUUCAUAUAACUAAGAUAAUUAAAAUGAACCAUAUAACCAUUAGAUUGUCUAAGUAGGGGUAAAAACACGUAGCAUCACGUCAGUGAUUAUCAUGGAGUCAUAGAAUUGUAAGAAAGAUUAUGAAAUCCCUACAGCGUCAGCGAAACUUUCUAAAAUUUGUUGAUUUAUUGGGGACGUAUACAUUUUCCUGGUGAUAUUGUUUGAUUAGAUGGCAUUGGAUCUUCUGACGUUGGCAAUGGUAGGCUGACGUUGAUGGGAAUGGGACUCUGGACUAUGGAGAAUUCGUUGCUGUUUCGAUUCAUCUGAAGAAGAUUGGAAAUGAUGAACACCUGCGUGAAGCUUUUGGAUACUUUGAUCAGAACAAGAGUGGGUACAUAGAAAUUGAAGAGCUCAGGGAUUCCCUGGCCGAUGACUUGGGGCCAAAUAGUGAGGAAGUCAUCAAUGCCAUUAUCCACGAUGUAGAUACCGACAAGGUCAGCUUCUGUUCUAAUUUCCAUUAUUACUUCCUUUAUUAUUUCAUUUUCCCUCCUAUUGAAUCAAAACUAUGAAAGAACAGAUUUAUUCAUUUACAUUUAUUUGUGUCUCGGGUAGUAAUAUUGAAACUUAACUUAUAGGAUGGGCGAAUAAGCUACGAGGAAUUUGUGGCGAUGAUGAAGGCAGGCACGGACUGGAGGAAGGCAUCGAGGCAGUACUCAAGGGAGCGGUUCAAUAGCCUGAGCCUAAAGCUGAUGCUGGAUGGAUCCCUGCAAGUAGAGGCUGAAAGCAGAUGA